CUCAGCACUUUCCUCACAUCCUCUCCGGCGCGUCUCGCGUCCUACAUUUCGCGUUUAAAAAACAGAGAUCAAACACUACUAUUUUCUCUGUCCCUUAAUCUCCCUCCAGACGACCUUGCAAAACUUGUCCGCCAGUUGACUACAUUUUCACCACGGACUCUUGGUUGUUUGUCCGCCCCCCUCCCGCAUCACCAUUCCAGGAACAUUUUCAGCUGCUCAUUCGCAUUUUUCGACUCGAAAACAUGUACACCGUUCCGCUCACAGAUUCCAGGCCGUGAAGUCGCCCAAGUUGGGCGAUACCAUUCAUUCAGGCGUCGAGAAGUCCCCCAACGCGAUUCUCUUGGUGAACAUAUCGGAAUGUCGGACGAGGUGGAUUGGAACAGUGUCUGGGAUCAGAGUAUCGUGGGUAGCGAGCCGCCGCCUGAACUCCGUGGUGUGAACCCAGAAGACGUCAAAUCGAUAAUAUAUCUCACGGAUGGCGCCCCAGAAGGACUCUCUAACUCUCUUUCUCAAUUCUCAGGUUCACACAAGCUUGGGCUUUUCGCUGCUUCGACACCUUUUGUUACCGGCCGAUCAGUAACUCUGUUUCUGAACGACGAGAUUUGCGAUUCAGGUGCGGUCGGCCUUGCUUUGAAGCAAGAAGCCAGCUGUGGACUGCGAUUCCAUGGAAUGGAACCUCUGGCCGAGCCCAUGAUCGUAUCUCAGUCGGAAGGAAACCUUGUCAUUUUACUCGACAACAAAACUCCUACACAGCUCCUGCUUUCUGCCAUUAAACAAAAGGGAAUCAACCUACAGACCCCAGAUUACGAAGAAUUUUGUCUCGCCAGCAUCCAUGACCACGAACCAAAACAGAUGUUCAGUAUCUUAUCGGGCGACCCUUCGCGAGGCACGAUAGCGCUACAGUCAAAUUCGUCUCCCCCCUCUGGUUCGCGAGUGCAAUUCUUUUAUCGCCCCAAAACUACGACCGCCGAAGUCGCCGCCACCCUCUCGCGGGGCACGUUCAGUUUCACUACUGUUCCAGAGGCGUUGUUGGGUCACAAUGCGGAAGAAGAGGUUGCAGAUUUAGAGCUGCCAGAUUCGUUUUUGGCCGGCAGUGAGAAAGGCUUCCUCGUUUCUCGGGGGAAGGAAACACCGUGGACCUGUUCAAUUCCGGGUAGCUCAGCGGUGCUGCAUUGGAGUACCUGA